AUGGAAGUUGCUUGGUCUGUCAACGUACCGUCGCUCGCUUAUAAUUCUCCAUUUUUGAUGGAUGCUAUUCUUGCUGUUUCUGCUCUACAUUUACGUAUAUUACAACCCGAUGAUCGAAGUCUCGUACGUGCUUCACAUAGUUACAUGGCAUCGGCGCUUGCUCAAUAUUCUUCCCUGUUGAACAGAGGUCCAUCCGAAAGCAAUGCAGAAGCUCUUUUUUGUACAGCUGCUCUCAUUGCUUUUCAAGCAUCGGCAUCCCGCUGUGUCGAGAAUGGAAUUGACGGUGAUUCUGAUAGUGGUUAUGUCUUUCCACUCGCUUGGUUUCAUUCUUUUCAAGGGGUGAAGACAGUCGUCAUAACUUCCUGGCAAUGGUUACGGAAUUCCGAGAAAAUAUUUCCCAUCAUCAAUGGGCAGCCUCCAUUAAUACUGGAUCUUGAUCCUGAGCGCCGAGCUUUCUUUGCUUAUUUACUCGAAGGUAUCGACAACGAAUCAAGGUCAAAUGAUGCUUACAUAAAUGCGGAUACGAAGCGGGCAUACGAACAUGCCGUUGCGAUGCUAAACUGGGCCCACCAAAAACCAGAGAGAGCUCGAAUCCUUGGCUUUGCGGCCACCGUAUCGCGCCGUUAUAUUGAGCUGUUAAAGGAACAGGAUCCUCGUGCUUUAGUCAUUUCUGCAUGUUUCUUUGCUAUGACACGCGUCGUUGAUGAAAUUUGGUGGCUUCAAGGUGUUGCCAAGAAGGAAGUGGCUGGAAUUUUCAGUUUGUUACCGGAAGAGUGGUGGCCUAAGAUGGAUUGGCCGAUGAAAAUUUCACAUUUUGAGGGAAAGCUAGAUGAGAAUACUUGGGGCACUUGUUGGCAUUCUGACGGAACGCCAAAACGAGAAGAAGGCUUCAAUGGCAAUCUUAUCUCGCAUAUUGACAUGUUGGCACAAAUUUUGAACCAAACCGCACCGCCACCAGAUUGA